UUUUGUGAUUUUUUUCCUGCAACUCAAUAAUAACUUAAUCAACUUUAAUAAUCACAUUAUUUUAGUGUUACACCUUGGUUAUAUAUUUAAAUCGAAAAACAUUGUUGAUAAAUAAUCAUUUAAGUUAAUGUUAUUAUUCUUAGUGUUUUUUUCAUAUUAGGUAAUCAUAGGAUACCUUUAAAAUGGGAGCAUUACUGUCGUUGUGUACAGUAGGCCAAAUGGCAUGUUGUUGUGGCCAAGCAGCUUGCUCAUUAUUUGCUUGUUGUCCAUCAUGUGGUAAUUCUACUUCAACUAAAGUGAUGUAUGGAUUGAUGUUAUUGGUAGCUGUAAUAUUAAGUUGUAUUACUCUUGCUCCAGGCUUACAAUCAUUUUUACAAAAGGUACCUUUCUGUGAAAAUGCUCAAGCCUCAAGUAUAACGGGAAAAUUUGUUAACAACUUAUCUAGCGUAUCUAUUGAUUGUAAAAAUGCUGUUGGCUACAUGGCUGUUUAUAGAAUAUGUUUUGCCAUGUUUAUAUUUUUUUCACUGAUGUCCUUUAUUAUGAUAGGUGUUAAAGAUUCUAGAGACAGACGAGCUCCUAUUCAAAAUGGAUUUUGGGGAAUUAAAUAUAUCAUUGUACUUGGUGGUAUAAUUGGUUCUUUUUUUAUUGCACCUGAAGGAUUUAGCCAUGUAUGGAUGAUUUGUGGAAUGAUUGGAGGUUUUAUAUAUCUUAUUCUUCAAUUUGUACAAGUUUUAGAUUCAGCUCAUUCACUUGCAGAAUCUUGGCUGUAUAAUUGGGAACAAACUGAAAACAAAAAAUGGUAUUUUGCAUUAUUAAUUACAACUGUUGUGUGCUACGGACUAGCCAUUGCAGGAAUUUUUGUUAUGUUCCAUAGUUUUACUCAGGGUGAUGGAUGUGGAUUAAACAAAUUCUUCAUUACUUUAACAAUUGUAAUAUGCAUUUUUAUGAGUUCAAUAUCAAUUACUUCUUGUGUGCAACGUGUUCAUGAAAAAUCUGGUUUAUUGCAAUCAUCCAUUGUUAGCUUAUAUGUAGUUUAUCUCACAUGGUCAGCUCUCAGUAGUGGUCCAGAAUCGCAGUGUAAUCAGAGCUUAACAACUAUAUUUAAUAAAUCUGAUCCAAAUGCUUCAAAAAUUCAUUUUGGAUCGGAGAAUUUAGUCAGCAUUGGUAUUUUUGUUUUGUUUGUUUUAUAUUCAGCUAUUAAAACAGGAUCAUCAUCUAAGUUUUCAAUGAGUGUUUCUACUGAAAAAAGUAAUGAUAGUGAUUUAGAAGGUGGUCACGGAGAUAGCAGUAAUGGUAAAAUAUUUGAUGAUGAAAAAGAAGAAGUGGCUUAUUCAUGGUCAUUUUAUCAUUUUACUUUUGCCAUGGCAACAUUGUUUUUAAUGAUGACGCUCACCAAUUGGUACUCACCUAAUUCUAGUUUAGACAACUUACAUCCAGAUUAUGCUUCUACUUGGACUAAAAUAUUGUCUUGUUGGAUUUGUGCUGGUUUAUAUGUGUGGACACUAGUAGCACCAAUUGUUUUGCCUGAUCGUGAAUUUUAAAUUACCUUAAAAGUCUACUUAAAAAUUAUGAGAUAUUGGGUAUUUACCUUUAUAAAAUUAUAAAAAAUUGUAUAUUUUGUAGUUGUAUUUACUAUUUAUUAAGAUUCUUUUUUUUUUAUUGUUUAUAUUAUAUUUUUUUGGUACUAUUUUUUCUAGACUACAUUAAAUAUUUGUGAUGUAUUACGUUUAAGUUACAUGAGUGAUUCUUCUGUUUUAUAUAUUCAAAAUAGAAAUAUCUAUAACAAACAUUUUAAUUUGCAUAAUUUAUUUCAAAUAUGUAACAAGUUUAAUUACUAAAAUAUAAAUGUUGUGUGAUAUUUCAAAAAUAUUUUAAGCUUGACUACUU